UGCUUCUUACACUGCUACAACGUGGCGCCUGUGAAGUUUUGUAUAGGAUUCCGAAUAGCAAUGAUCAAGUUGAGCGUUCCAGAGAACCCUUCGUUAUUAUUUGCGUCAACCCAAACGUAAUUUAGAGACAAGACAAGGUUCUCGUUCUGCUGGGUAACGGACCAAGACUGGCAGUGAGAAGUUGUCCGACGUCAGAGACUACUCCCCCAAGUGCACAGCGCGACGUAGAGGGCACACCAUGAUGGAGAAGCCUCCAUUGCCUAGCGAUGAGGAGGGCACUAGGAUGGUAGAGAGUCGGUCGGAGGCGGAGCUCCUGGACUUGGGAGUGCAGGGGACCUCCGGGGGCGUGGCGUCGUCUGGGGAUGCAGACGACCGUCCGGCGUGGGACAGCAAGCUGCAGUAUGUACUGGCUCAGGUGGGCUUCAGCGUGGGCUUGGGGAACGUAUGGAGGUUCCCCUACCUCUGCCAUCAGAACGGAGGAGGCGCAUUCAUGGUUCUCUAUGUCAUGCUGUUGGUGGUGGUGGGGGUUCCCUUGUUCUUCAUGGAGCUGGCUGCGGGCCAGUGUAUCCGUCAGGGCAGCAUCGGUGUGUGGAAGCACAUCUCCCCCAAGCUGGCCGGUAUCGGCUACUCCAGCUGCAUGGUAUGUUUCUUUGUGGCUCUCUACUACAAUGUCAUCAUCGCAUGGAGUCUCUUCUACAUGGGCAACUCCUUCCAGUAUCCUCUACCCUGGGAGCAGUGUCCCAUCAACAUGACCACCAAUAACACUGUAAAGGAAUGCUUAGGUAGCUCCCCAACCUCAUACUUCUGGUUCCGGAAGGCUCUAGACAUCACAGACUCCAUCGAUGAGUCUGGUGAGUUUAACCCCAUCAUGACGGGCUGUCUGCUGGCUGCCUGGGCCAUCGUCUGUCUAGCCAUGAUCAAAGGCAUCAAGUCCUCUGCCAAGGUGAUGUAUUUCUCCUCAGUCUUCCCCUAUGCUGUGCUGUUCAUCUUCCUCGUCAGAGGCUUGAUGCUGGAUGGGGCCAUGGAGGGAAUCGCCUACAUGUUCUACCCUAAAAUAGAAAUUUGGGCUGAGGUGCAGGUGUGGCGGCAGGCAGCCACACAGGUGUUCUUUGCCCUGGGCCUGGGCUACGGCUCUGUGAUUGCCUACUCUUCCUACAACCCCAUCCACAACAACUGUCACCGUGACGCGCUCAUGGUCUCUUGCAUCAACUUCAUGACCUCAGUGCUCGCAUCACUGGUGGUGUUCGUAGUGCUGGGCUUCAGGGCCAAGAACAUUGUCCUGAACUGCAUCACCCAGAAUCUGGGCCUGUUAAACCACAUGGCCACACAUGGAAGCAACCAUCACUGGUGGCCAUGGUUCAACAUGUCUGAUCCUGCCUCCGUCACCAUACCUGACUACAGAGAAUGGUACCAUCACUACGGCUCCCAGGUGGGGACAAACAUCACUGACUGUGACCUGGAUGAGGAGAUGAGCAAGGGUGUGGAAGGGACGGGCCUGGCGUUUAUUGCCUUCACAGAGGCCAUGGCCCAGUUCCCUGCCAGCCCCUUCUGGUCCACGCUCUUCUUCCUCAUGCUGCUCAACCUGGGCAUGAGCACCAUGUUCGGCACCAUGCAGGGGAUCCUCACCCCCCUCAUGGACAACUUCAGCCUGCUGGGACGCCACCGGACCAUGCUCACAGUGUGCAGCUGUUCCCUGGGCUUUGUGAUCGGACUUUUGUUUACCCAGCGCUCGGGGAACUACUUUGUGACAAUGUUCGAUGACUACUCUGCUACCCUACCCCUGAUCAUCGUGGUGGUCUUUGAGACAUUCGCUGUGGCCUGGGUGUACGGAGCUGACCGCUUCUUGGAUGACAUUGAGAUCAUGCUGAAAUGGCGCCCCCCGGUGCUGUAUAAGUACCUGUGGAAGUACGUGUGUCUGUUUGCUAUGGUGGGCCUGCUGGCGGCAAGUCUACUGCGAAUGGUCUUCAAACGACCGACCUACACAGCCUGGAACCACACCACGGCAUCGGAGACAACUCUGGAGUACCCAGGCUGGGCCCUGUCCAUGUUGGCCAUGCUGAUCCUGGCUGCCACCUUGCCUGUCCCUGUUGGCUACUUCCACUCCUGGCUGAAGAACCGUGGCAUGGGCCCCGAGGGGGAGCUCGUGGGCCAGGAGAUAGACCGAGAGAGGUACACCAAGUGCAACUCCAGCGACGCCCUGGACUCCAACUCCCAGCAUACCCCUUCGGUGGAGGAUGAUGGCCGACCCAGGGCUAGCUUCCUACCACUGGGCCUCGACCACUACAGACUCCUCCCACAACAGGAAGACGUGGAGGAGGAGGAAGAGGAUACGAUGUGAGAGAGGGGUUUGAGAAUCAAGGUACGAAGAGAGGAGAGUGGCAGUCGGAAAGAGAGCCCCACUUUAGAGAGAGCGUCUCUUGACUGAAAUAGUGGAAAGGACUCCACUUAUGUUCCCAGACGUUUAAUUGAUAAGGAAUCUUAAUAAUGUAUUACAAUGUAUAUGACCGUUCAUCCAUAUUACCAAAGAAACCUAACAUUAGCACAAUGUAAUAACCUGUAUCCUUAGUGCCAACGCACACCUAUCAUAAGUGACCUAUCAUAAGUGACCUAUCAUAAGUGACCUAUCAUAAGUCACGUAUCAUAAUUGACCUAUCUUAAGUCAAGUAUCAUAAGUGACCUAUCAUAAGUGACCUAUCAUAAGUGACCUAUCAUAAGUGACCUAUCAUAAUUGACCUAUCUUAAGUCAAGUAUCAUAAGUGACCUAUCAUAAGUGACCUAUCAUAAGUGACCUAUCAUAAGUGACCUAUCAUAAGUGACCUAUCAUAAUUGACCUAUCUUAAGUCAAGUAUCAUAAG